AUGCUGGAGAGAAAGUUUGCGCGGGAGGGUUUACGGAGCAAGCACAGGGAGGAGGUGCUUGAAAGAGAUGUCGCUAGAGCGAAAUUCCGACAACGGGCUCGUGUGCGGAUGCUCGAUUGCGACUUAGAGGUUGUGCUGAUGAAGCCGUCCAUGGCGAGCCUUGCGAGCCAGCAGGCGGAGGGGAGGGAGGUGCAGCCAAGGGAGGGGAGCACGGGGCCAGACAGGGAUAUGGUUGCUGGUUGCAGCAGCUGUGUUUCGAAACGAGUGCAGCAGCAGCAGCAGCAGCAGCAGCAGCAGCAGCAGCAGCAGCAGCAGCAGCAGGCACGUCUCGCUGUCUCCUUCCUCAUGUCCAUCGGCUAA